GCUCAGCUCAGAUUUAAAUUUUUUGUAUUUUCCUUAUCCGAUUAUUCAAUUAUUCGAACUGACUAGUUCAUCGGUUAACCGACUACUAAAAUAAUCGAUAGCUUUAGCCCUACUUAAAAUGGCUAAAAAAAUUUCAGAUUUGAUGCUAGAUGCACAAAAAUCACCAAAUGCAGAAAUAAUCACCUAUAUUUUUAGGAUCAAUAGCAAUAUUGAACAUUUAGGUUGAAUUCCGAUGUCACUAUUGCUUCAGCACGUCUUGCCAGCUAUCUGGCCCUCAUCAUUUUUAGAUGAAAUGUUAUAUAAAAAAAUACGUAAAAACCGAUUUUUUUGCAUGGAUGCAGAACUGUCUAAAUUACAGGGUUUUUUCCCCCAAAAAACGGCAGUUGGCCAAAAAUGACCUGAUUAUUUGAAUGUAAAGUUACGCAAUUGUGUAUAGGUACAAAAUCCAACAUGACGGCCACCACAAAACAAAGAGCUUUUUAAGUUGAAAUUUCUUGUAAAUAAAUGGGUAAAUCCCAGAAUUUCUAUAGAUAUGAACUACGGGUGUAACGGUACACAAAAAUCUCGGUUCGGUACGUACCUUGGUUUUGAGGUCACGUUUUGGUUCAUUUUCGGUACAGCAAGAAAAUAAAAUGCAAAAUAUAAAUGUGCUAGUUGUUUAUUACACACCUUUGUGCUUUCAACAAUAGGAACAUUAGCCUAUACGAAGCUAGAAUUCUGCUCAAAAAGUAGCGGUUAUUUAAAGAUAAUCCAGCAACAAUUUGCCUUUCAGACCCCUCGUAUUGGUCAGCUUUCUUUCUGAAAGAAAGAAGAAAAAAGAAGUCCUGUGCUAAAGAGAAAAGCAAUCCCAAUGACAAAGAUUUUAACAUGUAUUUUACAAAUGAAAUGCCUCUAUGAAUAUUUUUUUUUUCUUAUGAACGGUUUCCAAAAGCUUUAUUGGUGGAUUUUCUCAAGUUAAAGCGCCACAUAGAAAUUAAUAAAUUUAAUUGUGUAAGCAGGAUCUGUGUAUUAUUCUUAUUAAUUACAGGUGUUUUAGCUCAUUUCAAUUUAUUUAAUUGAAAUGAGCUAUUAUUUAUUUUAUUUGUUUAUAUUUUACAAAUGUGAUUAAGUAUUCAAUUAUAUUGUAUAUUUUAUGUUGUAUAACUUUAGUUCCUAUGUGAAUAUUAGUUCCUACUUGUUUUGUUGUGGUAGGAGGGUUUUGUGUUGAACACGGGCCCGUGUUGGUCAUUUUUAUAGGAGAGAAGACAGUAGUAAAUCAACAAAGACAAGUCAAUUGUGCCCCCGAUCUACCACUCAAGAGAUCUGAUUGAUUCAAAAAGUGGGUUACGAUUGCAUAUUAGUUUGAAAAUCGACUGGAUCCACUGUAUUUUUACACGAGUGACUUCCGGUCUGCCCCAUCCUAGCUACCGAUAGUAGUAUUGACGCAGGUGGGUCGCGUCUCGUGUCAAAUAAUAAACUCUGCCGUUCUUUUCGCGUGCGUCGUGUUGAGCCGCUUUUGGGAUGCGUCUAACAUGCGGCUGCACUGCGACUAGUGUGCAUUGGCUGACUGACUUUAACGCCCGCGUUUCACUGCGUUCUCGUGGCGGCCACGUUGUCGCGCCGUUGACAUUUCUGGGUUAUACUGUCCUACCGUGUUGGUCCUCAUUAUACUAGAGAAGAAGGAGUAAAUAUAAUCUACACAAAGAAACUGUAACCCGAUCGACUCACAGCUUCGAAAAGGGUUACAUUACGUCAGAAACUCGUUCGGUACGCCUCCGUUCCGAACCGAGCACCAUGCACCGAAACGGUUCAAUACAAAUACAUGUACCGUUACACCCUUAAUAUGAACAUAGAAUCUAAAUUCUUGGUUAAAAGCAAAAAAACUGACAGUUAUCAUUAGAGGCGUGCAAAAUUUCCGAUUCUUAGAUUAUUCACGAUUCGGCCGUGGAAGAUUCGAGAACGAUUCACAAACAUCCAAAUUCCGAUUAUUGAAAUAUACCAGGUAAAGCGGAAGUAAAACACAGUCAGCGCGGUCUUUGGGACGCAAUGAGGAACGGACCGAGAGUAAAUAUCAUGUUCAACUCAUGUCGCUAGAUAAAAAAAAAAAAAAAAAUCAUACCUGACUGCAGCUGACAGCCGCUACAAAGAACGCCCAGUUGCUAGUUGCUACAAACAUACGGCUACAGUAGAUAUCAUAUAUAUGUAGAACUAGAUGCAAAAUGACAGAUGACAUCGGUGUUAGACCAUGUAUUAUUGAACAGAGAUGCGAAAUGACAGACUUUCCGGCGUAAGUAAACAGCCGCCAUCUUAAAGCAGUAGACCUCUCUAGAAGGUUCUGUUGUAGCGAACCUAAUUAACUUUUUAUCUAAAAUACUCCUAAAUCGGCAGAAUCUUGUCUUGACUCUAUCUUUAAAUGAUGAAAUAGUGUUAAAACUUUGACAAAAGUAGACAGAAGAGAAAUUAUGGAAUAACGGGAGCAAUUUUAACAACUGUAACAGUUGAUUCACAGCAUUAAUUUAAUUGAAUGUAGUUUAAAGCUGCUGAUACAGAAUGGGGAGUCGAUUUUUUUAUAUACUGUUAUUUUUGUAUAUUUGUUUACUUUUAUAUGUUAACUUGAUACUGAAAUAGUAGUUUGGUUUAGCCUGAGAGGAUUUUUGAACAAUUUUGGAACUAAUGUACAAAACAUUAAAAAAAUAAAUAAAUAAAAGGAGGGGGGUGCAUCAAUAAUCGUUUUAUAAUCGAUUCGGAGCCGCUGAAUCGUAUUCGUAAUCCAAUCGUAAGGUGCCCAAAGAUUCCCAGCUCUAGUUAUCAUUCAUAUUACGCACAUAUUUCAAGCUAAAGUUGCACUUUGUUUCCGUUCAUGUAAUUUUUUCACAUCGUUUCAAAGUGCAUGCAUGGUGCUCUUUUAUGUAAUAAUUACCUUGAAUCCUUGACCAAAUCACUCUUGAGACACUCCUGCCUAUUUGUAUGCACUAAAACAUUCGUCCUGUUUCCACCUAAAUCCGGCGUUAAAACGCAGUGUAUGUUUGGGUUUAUCAGAGUGAAAACUUCCUACUCUCUGCCUGGCCCAGCCCCCUACGGGAAGCUGUGUCGCAAUGUCUGUAGGAGCCGUCUCGUCAACUGAUAGUCUGUUGAGUGUUCUAGAUAAAAAUUUCGAAUUUUAGCUGGAUUUGCUCGCCGAUGGAAACUAUUCCAUCCAUUUCUUGUUUUCCGUUUAGCUUAUUUUGCUAGAAGUUGGUUUGGCGAAUAAAUAAUGCGUCAGUGGUGCAGACAACUACGUCACAGCAGUUCAUAUCAGGCACGCUAACCAUUUGCGAAUCCGACUAUGGUUCCUAUUACGACUGUUGAGGCCUUAAGUUAUAGGAACUAAAUACUCGGGUUCUUACAGUCCGAAAGUGGCUAUAGGCAGCCAUUGAUGACGAUACACGCAGUCUUUCACAAAUUGGACAUCUUGGUCGUAAAAAUCUCUAUCUUCUCCUGGUAUUUUGAUACGGAGGCAGUCCAUUCCACCUCCUACUCUGUGUCUGACUUAGCUAACGUGUCUCGGAAUUCCUUCCUCUAAUUCUCGCCCGGUAUUAGUCCCAAUGCGCCGAUUGCGGCGGCCGCCGGCAUUCAGCGGGAUCAAUGCGCUGGGAUAGAUGAGUAUUUAUAGCCUCGGCGAGGGCGUGGGAGGUUGUGGGCAACAAGUAGGUUAGCGGCUAAUCUGAUGUUGACAGCGCGUGAGAGACACUUAUUUAUACGGAGAAAUGAUUGUUUAUUUUUAGUAGAACUGAAACGGCGUAUCUUUGGGGGAGUCGCUAUCCAGGCGGGCAGGGCUUUCCCUCAUUUUUGGGAAGUGAUUUGAAAAAAAGAAAAGGCUUGAGGAGGAGUGCGGUGAGGAGGAACACAAAGGGAGGAGAAAGAAGUGAGGAGUGAAAUCUCAGCUCAGACGCGCAGCUAGUGUUUGUCUCUCGUGGCAGACGACAAGCAGACGCUUGACUUUAAGCGCUCCUCUUCUUGAUUUUAUAACAAAAAAAAAUUAUCUCGUUCUUGGCGGAAAUCGGAGCAAGCCCAGGAAUGUCAGAGAUUAUCGGUCAGGAAUGUCAGGUGUUCGCUCGGGGAGGGGAAAGCAGUUAGACUUCUUCAAACUACUCAACAACAGGGUUGUUCUGCAGCAUUUUACGUGCGUCGAAUCAUCAUGUUUCAGUGCCACUGACGGCCAUAGACGUUCGCUGCUGGCCUCUCGCAGUCCGAAUGGAAUGGACAUCGUGGUCAGUGGCAGCCAAUAAAAUCGAAGAAGCCCAGAAGGAGCUGAAAGACCCGACGAGCUCGACUAAAGGUAUAUCAGAAAGCAGUCGACGACUCGAAGGCUUGAAGAGGAAAAAGCUCGUUGGUGAAAACAAGCAAAAGAAAAUUCCGAAAUCUCCUGUGAAGAAACCGCUGCAGUUGAAAACUCCUGAAACAGUCCAAGGCGGAACCCCCAAGGAAACUACAACCAGUUCCCUUACUUCCAAAACUCCUUCGCGCAAACCGUCAUCAUUACUGAGUGAAAAAACAGAGACACAGGAUGCUGAAGUGCUUCAACCGUCCCCCGACAAAGGGGAAUCAGUCACUGACCAUGAACGGCUAAAACCAGAAGAAACCAAGCCACCGUCGCACAAACCAACUAACGAUGAAGACGCUUCUUUAAAAGUGGCACAAAGCAAGGAUAGCAGCUUUGAUAAAGAUCCUUACCACACCAGCGCUCCUCUGGAUGUCCUACUGAAGGCAAUGGAGCCUGACAUGCUAACGCUAGCUGAGAAGAAAAACACCUUCCUUGUCGCAGACUCUACAAAACCAACGAAGGGUGAAAUCUCAAACAUGCCGGCUGUAAAUAUCAGUCUCCAUCCUCAAUCGUCUCCUAUGCAGACAUAUUAUAUCGACAAACAGGGUAACUUCAUCGGCAUCGCCCCGCCGUUACAGGAAAGCAGGCACACGUCGACACAGCGUGACCAUUUGCAGUCGCUGUCGUUUGGGAAUCAACGUUUUAUUCCGGUUGUAUCGAAUCCGGAAAAGCCGAGUCUUCACAUGAGUUUUAAUAGCGGACUGUCUACUAUAACUCAUGCGCCAGCUCCCUCAGGCUCCAACGCGCUACCGAAAAGCCAACCGCCAAUCGUGCACACCUGCCAAUCGCUAUCCGCAAGCGUGCCUAGCAGCAUUCAGGUCCCGGUUACACCUGGAAACAACCACGUUCAGAUUACGACCGUGAUGAACUUUGGCGCAGAUCAGGUUUCCAAGGACCAAAAGCCUAAGAAGCCAGGAAAAUACGUCUGCGAAUACUGCAACCGGGCAUGCGCGAAACCUAGCGUGCUGCUCAAACAUAUCAGGUCUCACACGGGAGAAAGACCGUAUCCCUGCGUAACAUGCGGUUUCUCGUUCAAAACCAAGAGCAAUUUGUACAAGCACAAGAAAUCGCACGCUCACGCUAUAAAACUCGGUCUCAUUGCCCGCUCCGAAUCAGGAGGCGGAACGUUAUCGCAGGAUUCCGACAAAGUUCCCGGAACGCAUUCAGAAGUAGAAGAGAGCGGAGACAGCGACGACGAGGGAAGCACUGUCGAUCUGGAUCCGGAUUCAUCGCAAAGUAGCGCCGCUGCCUUGUCAGAAACCAGCUCACAGAAUGCUACUACAACCCAAGCAAACUACGGAGAAAUCGACUCGAUGGCUGUGUUCGAUGCGAUCAAACCAGCUCUUGUUCAGAGAAGCCAUGAGCCAAAAGCAGCAGCGCUGCUACCAAAAGUUGUUGUCUACCCAGCUAACGUUUCACCUCUGAGGGCAGAUAGCCCGCAAGUUACCUGCGCGGCACCUGAACAAGCCGCUUCGCAACGCCAGCGAGAGUUUCCGACCGUCAACCUGCGAUCGAACGUCACGGUCCUGUCAUCUCUGAAAGAGGUCGUCGGUACGAGCCCCUCGCUAGAUACCGUGAGUGAAGACGAAGACCAGCAGUGCAAGUCUCCGCUUUUGAGCGGCCACGGUCAGCUUCAGCGGCAACAAGCGACAGACUUUUCUCAACAGCAACAAGCCAAGUGUCUACUCAGCCCUCGUAGUUUGGGGAGCACAGAUUCCGGCUAUUUCUCUCGCUCUGAAAGUGCUGACCAAGCAAUGAGUCCGCCGAGUCCAUUUGUAAAGAUAACGCCGCCAACUGAGAUCGACUUAUCCAAAAAGGAUCAUCCUACCGUCCCUCCAGCUGUUUCUACAGUCAUGCACCUAGCAAUGGAGCAGAGGUCACAAGCUACAGAGGGACAGAUGCGCCCCCCGUUAGAAACAAAAGCCCUUUCUCUGGAAGAAAGAAUUUCCAAACUGAUAUCUGAUAACGAGGCAGUGGUAGACAACAAACAACUGGACAGCGUAAAACCGAGGAGGACCUCCCUGUCAAGGAGAGGUAGCAUCGACUCUCCGAAAUCUUACAUAUUCAAAGAUUCCUUUCAGUUUGACCUGAAACCAAUCGGAAGACGGUCCAGUUCCAGCUCCGACAUCCCCAAAUCCCCCUUCACUCCCACAGAUAAAUCAAAACCCGUUUUUCUUCUCUCUGUACCUUCUCAAUACCCCCCGAUGGAUUGUUUGCCGAUCACAAGGAGCAACUCAAUGCCGACGACUCCCGGACACUCUGCUUUUCCGCUCAAUAUUGCCCAACUGCCGCACCCUUUGCGAAUUUGUCAUUCAUUUGAUGAGAAAACAUCAGUUAAUGACGAUGUAUUUUCAUCUGCGCCCUCCACCCCUAAUACGGUGUUACAUUCUCGGACCUUGGUCAGACAAGCCGCCGUGGAGGAUUUUUCCAGCAAUGAGGGGCACAGACUUCCCACCGUUCGCUCCAUGGAUGACGCGUAUCACGGCGUGAAUAAUAGCUCGGAACACAUGCAAAGAAGUCGCUCUUUUGAACACAGUCAGGAAAGGCAAAGAAAACUACAGCAAAAUAAAGGCACAAUGUACGAAUGCGAAACUUGUCGAAACCGGUACCGAAAAUUGGAGAAUUUUGAAACUCAUAAGAAAUUUUACUGCUCAGAACUUCACGGGCCCAAAAACAAACCAGUUGUUGUGAAGGAAACAGACCAAGAUGUUUUUCACGUGCAACCAAAUUUAGUUUCGAGAUCAACGAGCGGCCCGGGAUUGAUCGAACAACAGACAUCAUUCAGAAAGAGAAGAAAAAUGAAAAGCGUCGGGGAUGAGGACGAUCAAUCUCCGACUGACACAAAUGCACCUUGUUCUGUCAGUUUUGAUUCAGCUCAAUUGCUGACAACUCUCGGAAAUCCGAUUUUCCCCCAACAUGCCGUAAUGGUUGACGUCCAACCCAAAAACAACCAGCCAAAGCUAACUCAAAUUCAACUCGUAGCACGGGGUACAAGUUCUUCAGAUUCACGACUGUCGCCGAUUCGAGAGACUCAGAUCGGCGCCUCCGCUAAAGGAGAAAUCCAGAGACAAGGCAGCGGUACUUCAGUGAUCAGACACACCAACUCCCUCAGCAGACCCAGUUCAUUUGAGACGGAAUCUACAGAGCGAAGUUCUCCGUUGGAUAGUCGUGAACAAGAACCCCAGAAAUCCAAAGCAGACGUAACAGCAGCUGAGGCAUACCAUGAAACGUUAUCUAACAAGAUUAUCGAAGCUAAUUAUAGGAAUCAAAGAAUGGAGCAAUGUACUGAUGCCGCAGCCACGGCAACUGGAGAAAGUGCUACUCCUGCGCAACAGUGCCGUCUAGUUCGUCAAAAUAACAUCCAAGUUCCUGAAAUUUUAGUCACCGAAGAACCGGAUAGAGACCACGAAACGCAGCCUUCCGAGCAGACGGAAAAACAUACCGAUCAGUUUAACUGGCCUCAAAGGAGUGAGACUUUAUCAAAAUUACCCGCGGAGAAACUUCCGCCCAAAAAGAAAAGAAUUCGUUUGGCUCAAAUGGAACAUUCGUCAGGCGAAUCGAGCUUUGAGUCGAGCCUCUCGCGAAGCCUGAGCAGAGACAGUACUCUUUCGCACUGCUCCAGUAUUUCAGCCUCGUUCGACAGAGAAGAACCGUCAAGAUCAGAAAGUCCUUCCGGAGGCGAGUGUGUCAGCAGAAUUCCAGAGCCGCAAGGUCAGCCAAAAGUCUUCAGCACGCUCGGCGUACCCGGUGCCAUGAGGCGUGCGGCUUCUGAACAGAUCACUUGUACUCAACCUUCAGUGGAAAUUUCAUGUGAUUACCGUAGCAAGUCUUUUGACUGCGGUAACGUCUCUCCCAGAAGAGGUCAAUCGCCGGUUGGGCAUCCGACGACUGGACCGAUCACACAAGGGGCCCAGGUUCCACUGAUUGAAAGGAGACGCGGGCCGUUAGUGCGCCAAAUGUCUCUGAAGAUAUGCCCGGAUAAUCAGCAAUCUGUUCGGAAAGCUGUCAUAAAUCUUGACAAAGCUCCAAUUGUGAAUAUGAACUCUCUAAACCAAAACAGAUCCCAAAUUGUCAACAGAUUUCCUAUGGUCAAUCCUUUCAUCCUCCAUUCUGGAGAGAUACCCCUGCCAAGAAAUGAACAAACAGUCCAAAGUAUACAUUUGGGAAGCCCGACACAGCAGCCCCAAGUGUAUGGCCUCCCUCACCCUUGGCACCAAACAUCCAGAGUUCAAGUAAGCCAAAAGGUACCGCAACCUGCGAGCCAGAUUUUAGUAGGAAGUGAAAUUACCGCAUCAGAAGAUAGUAAAUGCCUCGUGCCCAAAUACCAAUUGCGAUGUCCUACUCAAAGGCCUAGUGAAACAUUUCCGUUCCACGCCGCGCAAGAAUCUGCGAUGACAUUACCGGUUUUAACGAUGCCUGUUGCCAAUCCCGUUUUAAGCAUUUCAAAAUCAUCAGAAGUACUCCAGAAUGAGUCAAACAAUCAGACCCGAACUGGUGUAAUUCCGUUGCCGCAGAUUCUAAUAACUCACGAUCAGAUCCAAGGCAAAGGUACCUAUCCAACCACUCACAUUGCACAUCCUGAAACUCCACUAGUCGUCAAGAAGGACUGGACUACAACCGGCUCUCAUAACACCGGGGAAAGAGCGGCAUCUUUGGGGUCUUUACAUUGCACGCAGAAACUUGCAUCCGUAACUCUUUGCCCGCAACAGGAACCAAUCGCCUCCAGUAAAAGAAUGUUAUCCCCCGCCAAUAGUUUGGAUAUCUACAUGGAAAAACAUCAAAAACGUGCCAAGGAUGAGAACGGUGUGGCCUGCCUGACAGAUGGCAGAUCAGUCAGUUAUCUUAAUUCCACAUUGUCGGAAGUAACCAGGCAGCGGAAACUGACACUAGUUCGUCAGGUUUGCACCACCGAACCGGCGGAUAGUCCGAUCGAGACAGAAGCGCCUCCUCUGCCUCAUGUUCAAACGGAAACUGAGAAGGAUCUCGAUGACGUAAAACCGAUGUCGCCUGACAGUACCGGACUGGAAAAAAGACACGAGGUCAUUCCUGAGGAGAAAACUACUUCCCCUGAUCGCCAGAGUAGUCAAUCCCUGAAACCUCAAGUCAAAGUGGAAGAACAUCGCUGGAAUCCCGUGAAAUCCCCCAUAAAACCGUCGAGUUUCCACCACGCCAAACUACCCGUGUCUGUUUCCGUGGUCGGCACCAAAGAAAGCCACCGUCUGUCUUUCCCCAGCUUGAAGACAACCACCACUUUCACUUGGUGCUUCUUGACGAGGAGGAAGUCGCUUCACGCGUUACAGUCCGACCUGAAAACUUCGGCAUACGCCGCGUGGACAGUAAACCCAGACAAUCCUAAUCCGCUCGGGUUGCCUACGAAGGUGGUCAUGUCGCUCCUCGACUCCAAGCAGAGCUCCAAGAAAAUCCUCUACACCUCGGCUAUAAAGACAUCCAGAAAAUCGGACAUCUUGUCCUACUCGGGCAAGCUGAAAGACGUCAUGCCAAGGGUGCCGGUGACCCAAAAGACGAGAUCAGUGGAAGCCAGAAGCAAAGCGCAAAUCGAAACUCAUUCCAGCAAUGAGUCAGACAAGGAGCUGGCAUCAAAAAUAGAGCCCAGGAGGAUCAAAAUCUUUGAUGGCGGAUACAAAUCUAACGAAGAGUACGUUUACGUACGUGGACGGGGGCGCGGGAAAUACAUCUGCGAGGAAUGCGGAAUCCGCUGCAAGAAGCCCAGCAUGUUGCGGAAACACAUCCGCACCCACUCGGACGUUCGGCCGUAUCACUGCAUCCACUGCAACUUUUCCUUUAAGACGAAAGGAAAUCUAACCAAGCAUAUGAAGUCCAAAGCGCACAGUAAGAAAUGCAUGGAGAUGGGUGUGCCUAACGGGCUGAGUGAAGACCAAGAUGCAGAGGAUUCAGGAGACCGCAGUCAAGUGAGUAGCGCUGAUCGGCAGGACUCCGACGGCGACGACUCGGAAGGCCCCGACGAGGAGGAGAACGACGACGAGGAAGAAGAGGACAGCCAAGCGGAGUCCGGGUUGUCCACCAACCCGUCCGUAUCGGCCAGCCCGCAGCACAUUCCGUCUAAAGAAGCAGAAGUCCCCCCGAGCGCCCUCCUGGCUCAGAUGUCCAUCAGUUCCUUCAAAGCGGACGCAGCGGAAUCCGCGCUCGGCACUGAGGCUUUGUCGCUGAGUCGACAGUACGCCACGAUCGGCUACCGCCCGAGCUCCACGCCCCCCGUCGCGGCCGACUCCAACUUCUCUGACACGGAGUCUGUACAUAUGAUGAGUCCGGUGUCGCCGUGCAGGCAGAUGUCCAUCGACUACCCCGACUGCGAAGGGCCGUUUAGUCCGCCGGGGACGGGAUUUCGACCACAGCAGGAGGCAUCUCCGGCAAAAAUCGAAUCCAGCACCCCAGUGGACCGAAGCACGCAAACCUCCAGCACCCAAAGUCCGACGCACGCAUCCCUGCAAGCUCCGAGAACGGAAACCCGCCUAUUCAGCCACCUCCCUCUGCACUCUCAACAACCCUUCCGCUCCCCUUACAACAUGAUUCCCGUCGGAGGCAUCCAAUUGGUUCCCGCCGGACUGGCGGCUUAUUCCACCUUUGUUCCGAUCCAGGCCGGCCCGGUUCAGCUGACCAUCCCGGCCGUUAGCGUCAUCCAGCGAAACGCCAGCCCCGACCCUUCGGACUCCUACGCGCGGCCCCUCGUGAUCCAGGAACCUGUGGCCAACAUGGUGGCGUGCUUCCCCCUGGGUCAGGGUAAGACUGUGGAUACGCUGAACCUCAUGGGACAAAUGUUACCCCAGCAAGGCGUCGCGCUACAAGUACUAGCCGCUAGCCCCACCUCCCAAAGCAGCACCGGUACACAAACGCACGUGCCAAACCUGCAGAUUGUCAACAUCGCCCUUCCCGCCAUCAUUCCCUCUCUCAGUCCUCUACCUCGUUCGCCCGACUCGCUUCGACAACCUUCCCGAACUGGAAGCCCCUUAGCUUGCGCGGACGCACCCCGACCGGUCCUGGCUUCCCCAGAACUGACUGCGAGCGACGCUGCAGAGCUAACGCAAACUUUGGAGAAGGUCGAAGGGGAAAAAUCCAACACAAGUCCAGAAAAAACCACCGCAGUCCCUAAAGGAGACGCGCCAAAGACAGUGCCACCUGCGUCCAGCUGGCAAACCAUCCUCAAUGACUAUAACGAAGUUUCCAGCGACGACGAAGACAGACUGAUCAUCGCCACCUAAGGAACUCCUAAUUGUUGAUUUUGUACGUAAUUGUAGUCACUUUAAGACUGAAAAACUCUUCUUCAGGGGUUUGUUUCUUUACAAAUCACCUUUCAAAGCACAGACGCUGACAUUCAUAUUCUACGUGCAAUCUUACGACCAAUCUUUUUUUGUUUCCCCAGACAAAAAGUUUUUGUACAUGUUGUAUAGACGAUCGUGCCUUUAUGGAGUUUCUUGUUUAGGAACCUGUAUAUAAUUCCGUAUAAAGUCAAUCGUGGCGGCUUGCGUUGAUGUAUAUACGCAUCAAAAUGGAGGACUUUUCUCAUUCGUAAAUUUAUUCAAUUGUUGUACUGUUUCUAUGGAUAAUGGGGCAAUGUUCAUGUGUACAAAUGUUGUGUUCAACUAUUUAUUAUAAUCCAUCUAGUGCCCAUUUUUUGGUCCAUCGGUAUGUGCAAAACGGUAGCUUUACUUUGCUGUAUUAAUAUUCAGAUCUGUAUGAGUAAAGAUUUGUUUACAAACAACUGUGUUGAAAAGCCUACAUGUCAAAAUGUAUUUGACGUCCAUCGCCGUCGAUGCUUCAAUCGAUCACUUCUUGUAUGAGAACCAAGCAUCUUUGCAGGGAGAAGCUCCUGUUGCAGUCCAUUCAUAAGGUGACUCAUAGAUAAUCGUCACAACACAUUGGCGUUAAAUGGGAAAGUGGCGGUGAAAGGGAACAGAGACAUCUAGUGAUCAAAAUGUAGAAGUGCUCCAAAGUUUAUGAAAUGGAUUGGAGAAGAAAGCAUCUCCUUUCCACACUAUGGGCCGCGGUGGGUGCGGGUUUGUUUUCCGACCCCUCAAGAGGAAACCUUUUCACGGAAUAAUAAAUUUAAAAAAUUAUAAUAAAAA